AUGGCCAUCUUUGGAGUCUUCAAGGCCACCAAAUCCAAAUCCCAGUCCCAUGCGUUCGCCGACACCGCUGCCUAUCCCUCCACCCCCGUCAGCGCUGAGCGCUCGCUUCCUCCUCUCCCCAUGCCCUACAUGCCGUCCGCCUCCUCCAGCACCGUCAGUACUGCGGGCAUCCCAUCGCCCGGUGGCAGGACCACUCCCGUACGCCCUGGGAAGGGCAUGCCGACGCCUACAGGCGCAAGAGCAGACAGCGGGCCCAGUUCGUUCAACCGCACCCCCAGCGCCAGUUCUCGCGUAAACACAAAGAUGAGGAGCGGCACAUGGUCCUCUACAUCGUCACCCUCGGCAACCCGUCCUCCCUUUCUUCGAGGCAGUAACUCAUCCUCAUCCCUCACAACACCUACCAAGUCCAUCUCCCGAGCCCCGAAAGCUCUCCUGGCAACGCCCACUAGUGCCUCGCAGGCACCACUACCUCCACCCAGCGAUGCACUCCCUCCCACGCCAGAAGCGUCGCCUCAGAAACGCAUCUCUACAAUAUUCGAGUCCAGAGGCGCGUCGGCCACCAUUUCACGUCGCGGUUCAUUCAAAAGUCCCUCUAGAGGCGGUGGUCGCAUGGCCAAUUCUCGGAAUAUGCGGGACCCAAGCGGGUCGAGCGAUGUCUCUUCAAACCUCUCGAAUGCCUCAUCCACUUCGAGUGGUAAUGGUCGUCUUCCGCGGGUGCUCAGUGGCCGCCGUACUUCCACCUCCAUCUCCACCUCACGACCUACCCAGCUCGACGCGUAUGACGGUCCUGUCGUCGAGAUCAAUGCAGAGCCUCCUCGAACCUCCAAAGAUGGUCUCAAGUCAACAGAGGGUAAACGCCGGCCGACGGCGCUAAAGCUUAGGACGAGCAACCUCACGCCAGAGCCCUCGUCACCAGCAGGGAAGGGAAAGGGCGUUGAUUCUUCUAUUGCUGCCUUGCUACCUUCUUCCAAGCCAUCACGUAUUACCAACAUCGGUACUUCUGCCCUCGCCCCGCCUCUCAUGUCUCCCGCGAAAGCUUCAUCCACUUUGGGGACGAUGCUCAGCGCUCGGGACCCCGAGCCGUCCCAGAACACGGAGGACAGCGGUACUCCGCCCGUGUGGCAAAAGUCUUUCGACCUUGUCGAGCCUCAGCUCAAGCCUCUCAGACUUCUCGAGAGAAGACGGUCCAAGUCUACAGGGGAUGCCAUGGAGUUUAUGAGCAUCGGCCGGUUGCAGAGAGAUUUAGGAGGGAGCUUGACACCAAGUUCGUCAGCCUUGCAUCGACUGUCACCGAGCAAGAGUGGCGGGCUGUCGCCAAAGAAGACUACAGGUAGAGACGAGACCAUAGACAAGUCGGUCUCGACUCCUGCUUCCGCUCUCACUACCGAUGGGGAUGCUCCCCACUCACGACCCCCUUCACCAUCACCGUUCCUCAACCUUCCUCUUCCUUGGUCGACGGUCGACCUGCCCACCAUCACUGCCGACUUGGGCCUCACCAACAUCAGUUCCCUGGUCAACUACACGGUCAAUCAACUCGACACUUCUUCUCCCCAUCUCCUCCCGCCUGCUAUACUGAAGAACUGUGCUUCAGAGGAAGGCCGUCUACGAGCAGAGCUCGAGAGGUUACGCGAAAAGUAUGACACACUUGUCUACCAUCGCGGGUCCCUCCAGCAGCAGAUCGAGAACUCAGUUCUCAAGGUUGAGCAGACCAAGCUUCACAAGAUGGUGCAAGCUCUUCGUAAAGUGACCGCUCGGUGCGAUAGGGUGGCGAGGCAGAUUUUCAUUUGCAACGACCAGAUCAAGCAGAUAGAGAUACAGGGACAAGAGCAUGUUGUUGGCGCGCUGAGAGUCAAGCUGGAUGAGGUGAAGAGACAGGCAUACGGGUUGGAGCCCGGUGGCAGCCACCUUCCGCCUGCGUCUGGUUCGUCUAGCUCUGAGAGCGCGGCAACUCCUACGCCUACGCAUACAUCGACGUCAAAAAGCUUUCUCAAUGAUGUCUACUACCAGUCGCUCGAGCCCGUCACCCCUUCAUCCAGGAAAUACGGUGGCAACGAGUCUCGACGUACCUCUCAAGCGACCAUGAUCUCUUUGAACCGCAUGACGUUCCCUGUCCCACCGGACCGUAUCCGUAUCUUGUCGACUGCUGCGGACGAUAUGGAGCAGCCGGAUGACAGAAUUGGCUGGCAAGGGAGUUUGAAGAUUGAGAUUGAGGACAUGGUAGAUGACGGGGCUUCCAGCCAUGAUUUAGACUCGGCUCCUUCUCCCACGUUGACGGACGGCUACAUGGCGAGCCAAGACGACCAUACCAUCCUCAUUCUCCCCCCUACCGCUCAUAUGCGGUCGUCUUCGGCGCCCGACUGGCCAGUCACAUCAAGGAUUGAAAGCGGGGAUAACGCAGGGCCGUAUGAUAUGGCUUCACCUUCCUUCCAUAGUGCAUCUGCGCCCUAUCUAUUACAACCUCAUUCGCCACUUGGUGCUGCUGGGCGUCACGGUAGAGCUUUCUCCGACACGUCGAAUCAUCCACAAACCACUUCAGCACCCCUUUCGCCCACGGCUAUGCGGCAAAUGGGCACGGCGCCGUUAAAUCUGGACAUUCCAGGUAUGGGAAAGUUGGUCAAAGGAAGGGGGACAAGGAUGACGAAGAGUAUGAGCGCCCAAGGUGAGGGGCUGAAGAAGCUCAGGAAGGGAAGAGAGAGUAUGCUGGAUACUCCCGAGUCUAUAUUGUGGAGCCUUGCCACAGCACCCAUGUGGACCAAGCAGGAGCUGGACAGUCAAUGA